AACGAGAACCGGUUAGCCGACAAAUUCACAGUUAGUUUGGCUCUUACUUCGUUCGAGAGAUGAUCAUGUGGCUGAAUCGCAUCUGGCUGCUUUCUUGUGUGGUUGUGGUGCACCUUUCUGGUCGCCCGGUCAGUGGCAGUGGCGAGUUUUACACAGCCGGCGUCGCAGAGUUUCGGCCGGCGGUGUUCGGUGCCAGUUCCGAGCAGCUGCUCGAGGAUAAUCUUAACGGCUACCUGGAGCUGAUUGCCGGUGCUAAUGGCACCAGCGAUAUACUGGUCUUUCCCGAGGCCACCCUCAACAGUGUGCUCCAGCUGACGGCAGUGCCGGAGCAAACGGAGCACAGUCUGUGCGAGGCACACGAAGGAGAUGAUCCCCGAGUGGCAGAGUUCCUGCGCCGGUUGGCCUGUGCGGCCCGCGACGCACGCACCUAUUUGGUGGUCAAUGUCAAGGAGCGGGCAGAGGAGGAUGCCACCGCCUCGACAGACAGGGGAUACAACAUCUACAACACGAAUGUGGUGUUCGACAGGCAGGGGGCGGUGUUGUCGCGGUAUCGCAAGUGGAACCUCUACCUGGAGCCGCUCACCAAUCGCACCCAAACCGCAGAGCUGGCCACCUUCCGCACGGACUUCGGCGUGACAUUUGGGCACUUUAUCUGCUUCGACAUGCUGUUCUAUACACCGGCCCAGGAGUUGGUUGAGCGCCUGGGCAUACGCCAUGUGAUUGUCACCAAAAUGUUCAACUCGGAGCUGCCCUUCCUGACGGCCUCACAACUCCAGCAGGGCUGGGCCUGGGCCAACAAUGUGACUCUGCUGGCUGCCGGUGCCAGCAUGCCACUGGCCGGGAUUAGCGGCAGUGGCAUUUAUGACGGCCAGCAGGGUGCCCUUACCAGGAUCAUGGUGUCGCAUCGGGCGGAGGGUCAGCGACAGCUGCUUCUGGCACAAGUGCCAACGGAUGGAUCGCAAGGGACUUCCACGCCCACGGAUGAGGAGGAGUCGCCUUCGACAGUGCAGCUGAAGCUACUCCAGCAGCCGGACAUUGGCAGCUUCUCCACGUGGGCCCUGCCCUUAGUCAAUGGGAGAGCGGCGAGCAAGCGGCUCUGCCAGGCGGAUCUCUGCUGUGAUUUCCAGCUCAGCUGGAACCUGCUCGGCGCUCAAGCCGAGUACCACUAUCGCCUGGGCGUGUCCGUGGCCGAACGUCGCUACGAGCAGGAGCAGUACAGCUCCAUUCGAGUGUGCGGCCUCUUUGCCUGCCGCGAUGACAGCCUCGAGUCCUGCGGUCUGCUCAGCAAUCAGCUGGAGGGCCACGGCGGUGGCGUGGAGUUCACUUCGUUGCGGAUCAGCGGGGAGUUUGUCAAGCGGCCGCGACGCCUGCUCAUGCCGAACACUCUUACCUACGGCCUGUAUGCGCUGCAGCCUUCGGAGGUGGCCUGGACCAUGCAGGAGGUGCCUGCGAAUGACAGCCACACCCACACGCAGCUGGAGCUGCGCCAGCCGCAACGCCAACUGCUCACCUUUGCCCUUUACGGGAACUAUUUUGAAGAGUUCGCCUCAAACGGAGUGGCAGCUGUUUGGCGCGGCAUGCUGACGCUGUGGCUCCUCCUGGCGAUUUCGAUGCAUCUGCCCAUCCUUUGUAACUCUUUUUAAAGGAGCUCAGAAAGGAAACAUCUCCACCUAUUCCCACCAUCACGUAAAAAUAUAAAAUU